AUGACGGAAAUAGGCAAAGAUGAUAAACCCAAAUCAUCCACCAAAUCGAAAACAGCCAAAGCCAUGGCUAGGCUUAUCAAUAGCAAACCUUUGUCAAAUGAACUGGCAUCCUCUUUAUCUUCACUUUCUCCCGCUCUGUCGAAAACCACGGUGCUUCAAACUCUUCGCCUCCUCACAAAUUCAUCCAAAGCCUUUCAAUUCUUCAAGUGGGUACACGAUAUGGGUUUCCCUCACAAUGACCAAUCAUACUUCUUAAUGCUUGUAAUUUUGGGCUGUGGCAAAAACUUUAAUGUAGCUCGGAAUUUUUUGUUUUCACUUGAGCUAAGAUCCAAUGGUUCUGUAAAGCUUAAUGAUCGAUUAUUUAAUAGCUCAAUUAGGAGUUAUGGUCAAGCUGGGUUGUUUGAAGAGUCAAUGCAGCUUUUUCAGACUAUGAAGACGAUGGCCGUUUCACCCUCUGUGAUCACAUUCAACAGUCUUUUGUCUAUAGGUCGGACAAAUAUUACAAACGAUAUUUAUGAUGAAAUGCUCAGAACGUAUGGAGUAGCACCGGACACAUGCACAUAUAAUAUUUUGAUCAGAGGGUUUUGUAAGAAUUCCAUGGUUGAUGGAGGGUUUCGAUUUUUCAAUGAAAUGUCACGUUUCAAUUGUGAUGCUGAUAUUAUUACAUAUAAUACACUUCUUGAUGGCUUGUGUAAAGCAGGAAAGGUCAAAAUAGCACAUGAUUUAGCGAAGGGUAUGAGUAAGAAAAGUAAGAAUUUGAAUCCUAAUGUUGUGACUUGUACAACUUUAAUCGGAGGGCAUUGUAUGCAACAAAAAUUAGAUGAGGCCUUGUCAAGCGCUCAAGCUAAAUAA